AUUCGAGAUCAGAAGCAGCAUAGCGUGGAUAAGGAUAAAUGCACAUCUCCAUCGAUUUCAUUAGCUACUUCUUCUCCUGUAGCCUGGGCCAUGUUUCGUCCUCUCCAUCCCAAGCAUGUAUACAUAUGCUUCCUUAUCUCCUUCGCAUUCUUCAUCGACCCCUCCUCGCAGCAUGUCGACGACGUCAAGAAGCAACAAAUGCGAGAGAAAGUCCGCGAGAUGUUCUAUCAUGCGUAUGACAACUACAUGACUUACGCAUUUCCGCAUGAUGAGUUAAAGCCAAUUACAAAAAGUUUCACCGACUCCCUCAGUGAGCUUGGAAAUCUCAAGCUUGAACACCUGCCGACAGAUUAUAAUGGAUCAGCUGUGACACUUGUUGAAUCCUUGUCCAGCCUUGCUAUAUUUGGAAACAAGACAGAGUUUGAAAAGGGGGUUCUCUGGCUCUCUGAAAAUCUGAAAUUCGAUGUAGAUGUACGGGUCAACCUUUUUGAGUGCAAUAUAAGACUUCUUGGAGGACUUAUCUCUGCUCAUCUUCUUGCAAUUGAUCCAACUAAUAGGUUGAUCCAGGGGUCCUACGACAAUCAGCUUCUUCGUUUAGCCGAAGACCUUGGAAAACGUUUUUUACCAGCGUUUGAAACACCCACAGGAAUACCCUAUGCAUGGAUUAACUUUAAGAAAGGAGUAAUGGAGAAUGAGACAACUGAAACAAGCACUUCAGGAUGUGGUUCUCUUAUUCUUGAAAUGGGAGCUUUGUCACGGCUCACUGGUGAUCCUAGAUUUGAAUCAGCUGCACUACGUGCGCUUCGUCAGCUAUGGAGGAUGCGCAGUUCGUUAGAUCUGCUUGGGACAACAUUGGAUGUGGUAACUGGGGAAUGGCUAGAGUACUCCUCCGGUAUUGGAGCUGGGGUUGACUCUUUCUAUGAAUACCUCAUGAAGGCUUAUAUUCUUUUUGGAAAAGAAGAUUACUGGCGAAUGUUUCGUUCUGCGUAUCUGGCAUCUCAGAAGUACUUCAGAUAUGGGCCUUGGUACCAUGAAGCUAAUAUGUGGAGUGGGAAACCAACUUAUUGGCAGCUAACAAGUCUUCAGGCGUUUUGGCCUGGUCUACAGGUUCUUGUUGGGGAUGUCGCAGCUGCAAAUUCUUCGCACCGGGAGUUUUUCCAUGCAUGGGAGAAGUUUGGUGUUAUACCUGAAAGGUAUCUACUGGAUCAUCAAAUGAUACAUCCUACUGAGAGGUACUAUCCACUGCGUCCUGAGUUAGCAGAAUCCACGUUCUACCUAUACCAAGCUACAAAAGAUCCAUGGUACCUAGAUGUUGGUGAAGCAAUGGUAAAGUCUCUUAAUCGGUAUACGAAGGUGGCAGGGGGAUUUGCAAGUGUUAGAGAUGUGACGACCAUGCAACUGGAAGAUCACCAGCACAGUUUCUUUCUCGCUGAAACGUGCAAGUACUUAUAUCUCCUCUUCGAUGAUUCAUUUGUGGCGAAAAGAAAUUAUAUAUUCACAACCGAGGGCCAUCCUCUUCAGGUUAUGAGCUCUUGGCAUGAGAAACUACCGGAAAGUUAUUUCUCUGGCAAUUGGACGUUUUCAAAGGUUUGGCUCUUGUUCCAGUUCUGAUCGUUUUGGAAGAUAUAAGACUUAUAUGCACAGUUUGCACUGUCUAUUUAGUGUGCAUUGGCGAUUAGCAUAAAAUGAAUCGAAUCGAGUCUUCUGCAGAGUGGAGCAUGGGAAAGUGGAGCAAGUGCAAUGUCAAUGAAAGUCUGUCCAUCGAUAGCUCCAAACUCUAGACUUCAUGAGCAGCACAGAGAGAGUGUUUGUCAUGUUCCUGACCAGAAAAUAGAUCAUAAGUGUUGGAGCAACAGAGAUUGUGGAGUCGACGCCACUACUUGUAGACAAAGAUCCUGCAGCGAAGUUGGAUUCUGCGGCUUGUGGAACCCCUUAUAAGU